AUGCGUCAAAAGUCGCCGCCGUACUUUCUAUCUAAAAGCGCUCGAGCUGCUCUAUCUUUUACGCACAUCCCCGUUUUGCUGCCUCAGGUGGAUACCCCGAGGCAAUGUAGGAAACGACCCAAAAACAUUCCAGAUGCUCGCCUUGAUCUCUCUCGUUCAUUUGACCAUUCUCUGACCGUGUUCAUGGAUUGUGGGCCAUGUCACAGAUCUAACUGCCUCCAAUCAGUCACUCUGCCUUUCUCUGCAUCUCUCCUAGUGUACUUUAAGCGCGCUCGCCGUGUCGAUAUCUAUUUUUGCGACUCUCCUCAAAUGGCACUGUGUUUUGAAGACGCUGCCUCUCGAGAACGCUUCGUAAUCAUGACUGAUCUACCAAACCUCAGCUUUAUCCUCUAUGGACUUUCGUCAGCUUCUCUUUCUGUCCACGGCACGGUAGUUGCUGAUCAGCUUCAGGUUGACGUUUGUGUCAAAUCCUCUGCCAUUUUCGACACACCCAAUUUCAUUCAGUACGCGACUAGCCAGCAGCAAUUUGAUAAACUCUUCAACUUUAUCACCCUGCAAAUUUGGCCUCAAGAUGCUACCUUGGACAGCCUGCGGCUUCCCUUGUUUUCACAGUUAUCAGAGACGCAGGAAGAAUUCAUCACGUCACUUAAGGCAUUUUACGCGCUAAUUCAAUCUACCCAUAUACGCGAAUCUGCCGAAUGGAACGACCAUAACAUAGUUCAACCAAAGGAAAUUAAAAUUGAUCUCCUGCCCUAUCAGAUUGACGCAAUUCGUUGGAUGGUGUUUAGGGAAGGCAAUUCUGUUCCAAUUGUCGAUCAAAAAUGGAUAUAUCCUUACUUUGUAAAAAUAAACGACGAAAACCUUUUCUUUUCGGCCUUAUCUGGACAUUUCAGAAAAGCACUUCCCGACGUGCCGACAGAUGCCUGCCUCGGUGGUAUCCUUGCAGACGAAAUGGGUCUAGGCAAGACCCUUGAAAUUAUCUCCGUCAUUCUCCUCCGACCUUGUGAAGACCAAUCAGACAAGCCUCUCUAUGACCUGAACACCGAGUCGGACCUAGUUGGUGAAUUCGCCUAUCGUCAAGUUGAGGAUGAUGUGCUGAGUCACUUCGAAUCUCCAGCUUCGCCGUCCAACACUGAGACAACCGAGCCCAUGGUGGAGGAGAGUGUCUUCUGUGUUUGUGGAGGUGGCGUCGAUGCCUCGAUCGCACCACAGAGUGGUACCGUCUCGUGCAGUCGUUGUUCGUCCGCCUCCCUCCAACACGAGGCCUGUGUGCAGUUUAAGCGGUUAAUCGGAACAGCUGACGGGAAGUGCAUUCGGCAAAACUACAUAUGUCCGCUUUGCUGGAACAGUCUACGUGUACAUUCUAAGGCCACGCUGAUUAUCUCACCAGACCACAUCUGGCGCCAGUGGCAAGACGAGUUGUUGCAGCACGUCGACACUUCUCACCUCAAAAUUCUCAUAUACGAAGGCCUGACCUGUCCAGUCACCCGACUCACUCACACCUCGGCCUGGACGUCGACGCCAACGAAGAACGCCGAGACGGGGGAGGUCGUGUUUACCCCGGGGUUCGUUCAGCCGGCGGAAUUGGCGACCGCGGACAUCGUACUGACCACCUACACGGUCAUCCAACGCGAACUCGGCUGGGCUGCUGUUUCGACGGAGCAGCGAGUUGGUGAAGGCCAUCGACCGAGCCUGCGCACUGCUCAGCGCUAUCUCGCACCGCCCAGUCCGCUUGCUUGUGUCAUCUGGUGGCGGGUGCGUGUCUUGUCUCGUUCCCCCACCCCCUCCCCCUCCUCCUCCGCCGCCACCCUCACCUUACGUGUUUGCUUUCAGAUCUGUCUAGACGAGGCCCAGAUGGUGGAAGGUGUCACGUCGAAGACUGCUCGCAUGCUCUCGGAGGUUCGGGCAAUCCAUCGGUGGUGUGUUACCGGAACACCUGCUGAAAAGAGUCUCAUUGAUUUCUACGGUCUUCUGGCGUACCUCCGUGUGGAACCCUUUUCCUAUCGCCAUUACUGGAACGGUAUGCUUUACCAGCCUUUCAUAGAGGCCAUUCGGUCGGCUGAAGGUGUAGACCUCACCACGCGCAUCAGUACAACCGCUCUAGUCCGUGUGUUCUCCCGACUGUUGUGGCGUAACACGAAGGCCCUCAUCGGCGACCAAUUGAAAUUGCCCUCCGUCACCGAGCAAAUCCAUUGGUCAGCUCAAGGCCUGCGCUGGUCUAUUGGUUCAUCACCUAUCAAGGCUGACUUGUUGCCUUUUUUGCACCUCAGGGUCGACUUCACCACCGUCGAACGCUACAUCCACGACCGUGUGCUAUCCGACUGUGCAGAUGCCUUGCACCAGAUUCUGGCAGAGGAACCCAACUGCGACCUCAACAGCCCAUUGGCUACGCUCUCCGGCAGUGUGCACUGGCGUCUAGUUGCUCUGGUAACGCGCGCGCGCCAGACCUGCACCCACGCCAGUCUCGUGGUCAUCAACUCGACCGCCGGCCUUGGCGGCCGAGGUGGCGGCAAGUCGACCUCCGGCGCAUGCUCUGGUCGCAGGGAGCGGGGCAGGUGUACGGGAUUUCGACCGUCAGCUGACCCCACGCUUCAGGUGUCACGAAGUGGCAGGCUUCAGGGCACUGGCUGUGCGACAAUGAGCGAUGUCAUCAGACGCGUGAUUGACGACGUGCAUCAAGAAUGCGAGGCCAAUUACCGGACCUGGGUGUUCAACAAGAACGGUGCUGCUGCGUGCUUCAUUCUUCAGGAGAAGGUCAGUUGUGCCCCCUUCCUCACUUGCUACUCGUGGUAUUUGAGUAACGUAUUUAUGGAGGCCGCAACCUGUUACCGCGAGGUCCUGCGAACAGCCACCACUUUGGAGUCGAGACAUGGUGUGUUGGCCGACUGGAGCCAGCGUCUUCACUCCAUCACCAACCUCCACUGGCUCAUCCAGUGCUGUUCUGUGCCCCUGGAAAAAUAUGAACCUCAGCCAACUGUCGAAAAGAAGGCGGCGCUUUCUGAAGGUUUGGAAUCCAGUGAAUUACCCACGUGGGAGCAGCUUGAUCCGCGUGUUGAUAGGGACCUUGUGUGGAAAGCGAAACUCCUGCGAAUGGACUACCUCAAGCUACACUCGCGUCUCCUCGCGAAAGCCCGCGACAAACUCGAUCCAAUGGUGGCACGCGUAGAGAAGAGCCUGUCCCCGUCGGAAUUCCCCGCUACGCGCGACAAUCAGGACCCGUGGUUGAUGUGGCUUGACGAGGCUCUGAACAUCCUAGGCGAAGCCGACGUUUUGGAGCAGAUUCCGCUCAUCGUUGUAGCCGGUCUGCAGGGACGCUCGCAAUUCCGCACGACUCUUCUCCAGACGCGCUCCGGUGCGAUGUUCAAGGCUCUCCUACUCUCCGAACUCAAGACAGCGCUAGACGCGAGAAGGAGACUUCGAGAGGCCAUGGCGCCUCUCGAUCAUACGUGGAAUUGCUUCCUGGAGAGUGGAGAGGCGGACCGCAAGGUGCUACAGAAAUACUACAAUUGCUGCGCCCGAGACGAUCAACAACAGCAGCAACGAGAAGACGCCGGUAAGAAACCGGGUGUUCCCAAAUCCCCCAAACCAUCACCGCGCAAACGCCAGAAGCGCUCGCCCGCGACGAAGUGUGCUUACUGCGUCGCCAGCGAAGCCCUCAACGUCUACCGACAGGCCAUCAACCACGAGAAGUCCACCACUAGGAGCGCGCGGGCGCAGCGACGCGUCGAGCUUGAGCGCAUCUUAGACGACGCUGAGGCAACACACGAAGCCGACGACGACGACCUCCUUAGCGGCGAUUUCAAGUCUGUCGCUCUCAUCAACCCCUUCAUCGUGGCUCUGCAGACGGUCGCUGCGCAGGUGGCUCGCGUCCGAGAACCUUACGAGGAGUGCUGGGUGAAGUCGUUGUCUGGCAAGCUGGAGCGCCUUGUUCAGAUGCUCUUUCGUGAGCUCCUAUACACUGGACGCGUGCAGAUGUUGACCAAGGAAUGGUGGAACGUCCACGACGACACAGAGCAGUUCGUUCUGCGUCUUCAAGCCACCAGUCCAGCCGAACUGGCUUUCAUCAAACCCGAGGAGGUGGACUCCCAGCUGCACCAGCACAGCGUGGACGCCCUCGCCACCUGGUCCAGCCUCCAGAAUCGUCUGAGUCACCUCUCCUUCCUGCGCAACGCCCUCCAACAGCACUCCACGUCGUCCGCGACAUCCGGUGUCGGCGCCCUCGAGUGUCCGACGUGUCUGCAAGCGCAGUCGCCCUCGCGUCCGACCUUUGUCCUGCUUCCCGGAUGUUGGCACAGUCUGUGCCUCCCCUGCCACGAACGCAUCCAGGCUCAUGGAGUGCCCAGCCAACGACGCUGCCCCCUCUGCAGGAAGCCCUUCGAGGCAGCCUCCAACGCCACCAAGCGUCGACCUCUCACCCUGCUCCACUACGACGGUGGAAAGAAGCCCCAGUCGGCCGAUUCCCCAUCUGAUCCGAAGGAGGAGGAAAUUACCGUUAUUAGUCAAUUUCCUAUUGGGUGUCUCAUGACACGUGAGUACGUCUUCACGACGAUGGGAAAGAAAGCCCAGUCAGCUAAUGCUCCAUCCGACCUAAAGCAGGUUGAAAUUCCUGUUAUUGGUGACCACAGCUCCAAGAUUCAGGAGGUCAUUCGGUGUUUGAGGCGAAUCAAGGCAAAUGACGCGGACGCCAAGGCGGUCGUUUUUAGCUCCGUAAGUUGCCUUAGUUUUGAGCUGACUCCGCCAAACCCCCCAUCCCCUCCCCGCCCAACCAAGCUCCUCUCUCUCUCUCACGCGCUCCCUCAGUGGAUAUCAGUGCUCUACACGAUCGGCCGUGCCCUCGAUCAGAAUGGCAUUGCUUUCGCCACCCUCUUCAAGGCGCGCGACGGCAAAACUCUGAGCGGAUUUCGGCGUUAUGGUUCGCGCACCUGGGUUCUCCUACUGCCGAUCCGGCUGGGCGCGAACGGUCUUAAUCUCACGGAGGCCAAUCACGUCCUUCUGGUCGACCCUGUCCUCAAUCACGGUCGUGAGGUGCAGGCAAUCGCUCGGCUACAUCGAAUAGGCCAACGAAGGUCGUGCACAGUGCACCGCUUUCUUGUGCGCGACAGCAUCGAGACGGCCCUUCACGGCAUCUCCACGCGCCUCGACGGCACCGCGAAGGAAGAUGAGGAGGGGGCGGAGGAGGAGGAGGAGAAGGAGGCGGGAGAGGAGUUGGGCGGUCCUGUUGAAGAUCGCGCCCAGAUCCUUCAAAUGACAGUUGCGCAGCUCAUCAAUCUGCUCAAAAUUGUGGAUGUCCCCUCCGCCGGUGGCUGA